AUGAAGUGCCAAAACGUGGUGCACAUGGGCGACACGGAGGUGCAGUCGCUGUCGCUGUCGCUGCCGCGGCCGACGUCAGCAAGCUUUAAGCUUGACGGCAACAGGUUUACUAGUGUGCCCUGCUCUGUGCGGAAUCCCAAGAUCGUUGGCGGCAGCGUGACGGAACGCCAUGAAAUGCCAUUCAUGGUUAGUCUGAUGCGUCGUGGUGGCCACUUUUGUGGCGGCACCAUUAUACAUGAGCGCUGGAUACUCACCGCUGGUCACUGCAUCUGCAAUGGCCUGCAAAAGUUCAUGAAGCCCGCCCAGAUACAGGGCGUGGUGGGGCUCCAUAGUAUACGCGAGUAUCUGAACGGCGUUGGCAACGGGCCGGAUGCCUUGCGAGUGGACUUUAGGAGCAUUGUUCCGCAUCCCCAAUAUGACUGCAACAAUGUGCAGCAUGAUAUUGCUCUGCUGGAAGUGGUGCAACCCAUGGGCUUUACAGCCUAUAUUCAGCCGAGCUGUCUUAGCUCGAGGGAGGAACGGCAAAGUUUGGUGCCAGAAUACGGCACAGUGUCCGGCUGGGGCUGGACAAAUGAGAAUCAAGCGGAAGGCGAGCGUGCCGAUGUUUUGCGCAAGGCUACAGUUAAAAUAUGGAACAAUGAGGCCUGCGAGCACUCUUAUCGUGCGCUGGGCAAGUCCAACAGUAUAACCGAUACCCAGAUGUGCGCGGGAUACGAGAAUGGCCAAAUCGAUUCGUGUUGGGCUGAUUCCGGUGGCCCUUUGAUGUCGAAGGAACAUUAUUUACUGGGCGUUGUGUCCACUGGCAUCGGCUGUGCACGACCAGGCUUACCAGGCAUUUAUACACGUGUCAGUAAAUAUGUCACAUGGAUGCAAAACGUUAUUGGUAACAGGCGAUAGUCGUUAGAGAUUGUCAACCAAA